AUGCAGAACACCACCCGCCGUGUGCCGACGAAACUUAUUGCAACUGUCGCUACAGCAUUGGUUGCCGGGUAUGGAGUUCGGACCUAUACCAGCCAUGUCCGCGAUGCUAGAAACGCUGCUGCUGAGGCCGAGGCCCUGGAUGCUGAGAGACGUCGACGCAACGAGGCUCUCAUGGACGAAUUUGGCGCCCGGGGGAGCAUCGCGGACAUUGAGAGGGCCGUCCAGUUCUACGAGAAGAAGAACUGA